GCAGUAAAGCUGUUCUAAAAACAGAAUGCACGUAGCAUGCAGCAGGCAACAACAAACUAGCCCUUAGCUGUCAUUUAUAGUUUAUUAAAAUUGUGAAAUGCAAGUAUGUUGCAAUGAUUAAUGAUCACUGCUGCCUACCCUAUGAAAUUUCACUUCUUAUCGGAUCCAAAACCCAGUCAGCUUUGAAUCAGGUUUCAUGUCAGUUAUUUGCUUCUACAAAGGCUCGUCCCAUCAGUAGGAGAAUAAUAUGAAUAUCCUCAUACCUUCAGCCCCAUGAUUAUUUUUUGAUCCACAGGCCAGACUCUCAGGUGUGGCUGCAUUACACUUGGGAAGGAGGAGAGAAUGGUGGCCUAAAGCCAUCUUUGCAUCAGCUCUGGCAACAAGUGAGCAGUUGAGCCGGCUACACUAGCCUUAGGCAGGUUGAGGGUUCUUCUGGCUGAUAAAUCUUUAUUAUUCCUGUUACACCAGCUUUCUGGUGUCCUUUUUGUUACUAGAAAGGAAAUAAACUGGCCAGAAUGGGAGGCAAUAAUCUUACUGGUAGGAGGGGUGGGAGACAUAGGUGAAGAGGCAGGUGACACACAGGAGCUUCAGGGGAUUGAGGGGACAGCAGGAGCUGAGAAGGAGAAAACCAAAGGAUUUACAUUAAUGGCAGCAGGACACCAACUUCUUCCACUUUUGUGCCUAUGCUUCAGAAGAAGAAGGUUUGGACUUUGCAGUCUCAGCACAACUGUUGGCCUGAAAUCUAAAUUACUGCAGUAAUCUAGCAGUUGUUUCAUUGAAGGUUAAAUUGUUUUGGCUUAGUUUCCACUUGGAGUGGAUAGAGUGGACAGGCAGGGUAACAAGAGUGGAUCUGCUGAUACACAGUGGCUGUGUCUACACAAGACGCUGACUGCGAAGUAGCGUCGCAUGGCAGAAACUCUGACACAAUGCUACUGCACAGUAGUCUCAAGCUACUGCUCAGUCAGUGUCACAAAAAAGCCGCUCAUUGGCAAUACUGCACAGUAACUCCGGUUACUGCACAUUUAGUAUUUGUACAGGCCAACAGCUAUAUAAACAAGUACUAAAUGACUGUGUAGUCAGUGGUUUGUGUAGAUGCAGCCAGUUAAUAUCCCUUCACCACCCCCCUUUUAAACAAAUGUGAUUGUUUCAUUUGUCCAUGCCUUAAGACUCAGCUAGGGAAAACAUACAUGAAACCUGCAAGAGAAGUAACUGUACUAUUGAUCAAAGCUUUGGGCUGUGGCUUGUGUUUUAAAGAAACACAACACUGGAUGGGCAGCCUUAUAGAAUAGAAGCUUUUAGACUCAGAAGAGCAGCAACUCUGCAUGCUAGGAGAGCUGGGGCUGGUGGUGGCAUGCCGAGCCAAAUGGCCUCGCGUGCCAUGCUCGGCAUGCAUGCCGGGGGUUGCUGACACCUGCUUUAGACUCAUCUGAGUAUAUGCCUUAACUAUUAUACUCAUAGUUUUUCACUUUCAGUUUUUUGUUUGUAUUUUUAAGGCCUCUCCAGAAUUACCACUUAAUUUUAUGUUAAUAUUUUGUUAGAGUGAAGACACCACGUGGACCUCAAAACAUUUCACAUACUAUGGCUGACCCUAUCCGAUGGGCCAGAUAUCACUGGCAGCAUCUGGUAUCUGCAGAAGGCCGGGAUGGGACUAACAGCAGCAGCAACUCAAGUGACAAGUGCUAUCAGUCAACCAAAACCACUGGCAAACAUAGGAUAGUUAUUCCCUGUUUGGGACACUUUAAAGAAGAGUAUGAAAAGGUAUCAAAAUUGUACAUGAACAACAGAAUACGGACCACAAAGUACACUUUAUUAAACUUCAUACCACGGAACUUGUUUGAACAGUUUCACAGAGCUGCCAAUUUGUAUUUCCUAUUUUUAGUUGUCCUAAACUGGGUCCCACUGGUGGAAGCCUUCCAGAAAGAAAUUACAAUGCUACCUCUAGUUGUGGUUCUCACAAUUAUUGCUGUAAAGGAUGGCCUUGAGGAUUACUCAAAAUACAAGCUAGAUAAACAGAUAAACAAUUUAUUAACAAAAGUAUACAGCAGGAAAGAAAAGAAAUACAUAGAUCAGUGCUGGAAAGAUGUUAAUGUUGGGGACUUCAUUCGACUUUCGUGUAAUGAAAUAAUCCCUGCUGAUAUGGUGCUGUUAUAUUCUACUGAUCCAGACGGGAUCUGUCACAUCGAAACAGCAGGACUUGACGGAGAGACCAAUCUAAAGCAGAGGCAGGUGGUGAGAGGAUUUGCAGAGCAGGUCUCUGAAAUUGACCCAGAAAAGUUUUCAAGUAGAAUAGAGUGCGAAAGUCCCAACAAUGACCUCAGUAGAUUCCGAGGCUAUGUUGAACAUUCAAACAAGGAGAGAGUGGGCCUCAGUAAAGAAAACUUGCUAAUGCGAGGAUGCACAAUCAGAAACACAGAAGCUGUUGUGGGCAUUGUGGUGUAUGCAGGUCAUGAAACCAAAGCAAUGCUAAACAACAGUGGCCCUCGUUACAAACGCAGUAAAUUGGAAAGGAGGCUGAAUACUGAUAUCCUUUGGUGUGUUCUUCUUCUAAUUUUGAUGUGUUUAAUUGGUGCUUUGGGUCAUGGACUUUGGUUAAGUAGCUAUUCAGAGAUGCCUUUUUUUAACAUUCCUGAGCCAGAUGGAAAAUCAACUCCACCAGCACUGGCAGGAUUCUAUAUGUUUUGGACAAUGAUCAUCUUAUUACAGGUUUUGAUCCCUAUUUCUCUAUAUGUUUCCAUUGAAAUUGUCAAAUUGGGGCAAAUCUAUUUAAUUCAGAACGAUAUUGAUUUUUACCAUGAGAAAAUGGAUUCCACUAUUCAGUGUCGAGCACUGAAUAUUGCUGAAGACCUUGGGCAAAUCCAGUACAUUUUCUCUGACAAGACUGGAACCCUCACUGAAAACAAAAUGGUUUUCCGAAGAUGCAGCAUUGCAGGACAUGAAUACUGCCAUGAGGAAAACACCAAGAGGCUGGAAUCCUAUCAAGAGGCUGAUUUAGAAGGUGAGGAUUUAGCAGAUGCUCUGUGUAGCUCCUUGAGCCUCAUGCCAAAACAGAAGGAACACAGCUGCAGGACAGCGAAUGAGCCUUUGAACAGCAAGUCUUCGAAUCAGGCAGCUGCUGGCUGUUCUGCCUCAGAAGGGGAAGAUGGAGCCAGUGACAUUCCACGCUCAAGACAUGUAGCUUUCAGCAGCCCUAUUGAGACUGAUGUGGUACCGGACACACAGCUCUUGGAGAAAUUCAAUCAAAUUUCCUUUAAUUCCUUUGAACAAUCAGAAGAAACUGAUAGAGAGCAGUCUUUGGAGACAAUGUACAUCACCGACUUCUUUCUGGCUCUGGCAAUCUGUAAUACCGUGGUAGUUUCAUCCCCUAACCAACCACGUCAAAAGAUGAGACUUGCUCCGUUAGGUAGAAUUCCUAUUAAAUCCCUUGAGGAAAUAAAACAGAUGUUCCAGAGGUUAUCGGUCCGAAGACUAAGCACAUCACCACUUCCAAGUGCAAAAGAAUCCUCCUUCUCCGAGAGCUCUAAUACUUUUGUGGGCAAACUUUCUAUUUUCAGAGUGAAGCUGGCUUCACCUGCUGCUGAGGUGGUUACCCAGAUGGCUAACGUACCCCAGACUGCUGAUAGGCAGCAAAGCCCCAAAGUACCUCCUCCUGGAGAACAAGAUGCAGUAGAUGUAGCUGCAGGCAGCAAAACCUGUGAUCCUGGACCAUAUCUUGAACAAUGUCCUAUAACUAUCCUCCACUACGAGGCUGAAAGCCCAGAUGAAGCUGCACUGGUUUAUGCUGCCAGAGCUUACAAAUGCACUUUACAGACUAGGACUCCUGAUCAAGUUACUGUGGACCUGGGUGCUUUAGGCUCUUUAACAUUUCAACUUUUGCACAUUCUGCCUUUUGAUUCAGUGAGAAAAAGAAUGUCAGUAGUUGUUAGACAUCCUCUCUCCAACAAAGUGGUGAUAUACACAAAAGGAGCAGACUCAGUCAUUAUGGACUUGUGCAGCGUGCCAACAGAUGUUCAUAGUUCUAAAAUGAAACAAAAGAAAAUUAAGGCGAGAACUCAGAAACAUUUAGAUGAUUAUGCCAGAAGAGGACUGCGCACUUUGUGUAUAGCUAAGAGGGUGAUGAGUGAUGAAGAGUAUGCAGAAUGGUUAAAUAGUCAUUUUUUAGCAGAAACCAGUAUUGACAACAGGGAAGAGCUUCUACUUGAAUCUGCCACAAGGUUGGAGACCAAAUUAACACUCCUUGGUGCCACAGGUAUUGAAGAUCGCCUGCAGGAGGGUGUUCCUGACACUAUAGAGGCAUUACGAAAAGCAGGAAUAAAAAUCUGGAUGCUGACAGGGGAUAAGAAAGAGACAGCUGUCAAUAUAGCAUACGCUUGCAGAUUAUUGGAACCAGAUGACAAAGUCUUCACCCUCAAAUCACAAAAUAAAGAUGCCUGUGCAUUGUUGAUGAACAGUAUUUUAGAAGCUAUUCAAAAAAGCAUUGAUGCCAAAAACAGUCACUGUCCCAAACUUGCAAGUGCAUCUCCAGGAACCUCCACUCCACCUACAGAGUUCAGUGCUGGCCUAGUAAUUGAUGGAAAGACUUUGGAAUACGCGUUGCAUGAGAACCUGCAGAAUAAUUUCCUGGAGCUCACAGAAAAGUGUCGAGCUGUUGUCUGCUGUCGAGCAACACCCCUACAAAAAAGUGAAGUGGUCAGACUCGUGCGAAAUAAUCUGAAAGUGAUGACAUUAGCUGUAGGUGAUGGUGCCAAUGAUGUCAGUAUGAUCCAAAUGGCUGAUACUGGAGUAGGAGUCUCUGGCCAAGAAGGCAUGCAGGCUGUAAUGGCAAGCGAUUUUGCAAUUUCCCAAUUCAAGCACCUUAGGAAGCUGUUGCUUGUCCAUGGUCACUGGUGCUACACCAGGCUGGCCAACAUGAUCCUUUACUUUUUCUACAAGAAUGUGGCCUAUGUGAAUCUACUGUUCUGGUACCAAUUCUUCUGUGGGUUUUCCGGAACAUCAAUGACCGACUAUUGGAUUUUAAUUUUCUUCAACCUCCUCUUCACUUCUGUGCCACCCAUCAUUUAUGGCAUUCUGGAUAAAGAUGUCUCUGCAGAGGUCCUCAUGCAGCUGCCACAGCUUUAUGUGACUGGUCAAAACUCUAUGGCCUACUCACCUUUAACUUUCUGGAUCACCUUGCUGGAUGCCUUUUACCAGAGUAUGGUUUGCUUUUUCGUGCCUUAUUUUGCUUAUUGUGGUUCAGACAUAGAUAUCUUUUCUUUUGGAAACCCUCUAAAUAUAGCAGCCCUCUUCAUAAUAUUGCUUCACCUCCUAAUUGAAAGUAAGACUUUGACUUGGAUACAUGUGACUGUUGUAGUUGGUAGCAUCUUAUUUUACUUUGUUUUUGCACUGACUUUUGGAGCAGCCUGCAAAACCUGCAAUCCACCAUCAAAUCCCUAUUGGAUCAUGCAGAAACACAUGACAGACCCAGUGUUUUUUCUUGUCUGCGUCCUUGCUACUUGUAUUGCUCUGAUGCCCAGGUAUUUGUUCAGAGUUCUCCAAGGGACAUUGUUUCCUUCUCCGAUACUGAGAGCCAAGCACCUUGACAGACUGACCCCUGAGGAGCAGAGGGAAGCAAUUAAACAAUGGAAAGAUGUCUGCGUUGUGGCUCAUAGAGUUGAUUUCCAGGGGACUUCAUUGUGUUCCAGCUCUGUGGAAGAUGCUGCAUCAGAGAAAAGGCAACACCAACAUGUCAGACAUGUUGCCAGUGCCUAAGACACCUUUUUCAGACCAGUCCAAGAGACAGUUUACAAAGGCAGCUUGUUUCCUAUCAGGUAUUCAAGUAUUCAGGAUAAGCCUGGGGACAGCUUGAAUUGCAAGAAAGCUGCACUUUUGAACUCCUAAAAGGAAACCUAUUCAGAAGCAUUUGGAGCUAAUAAUGCCUGUGCCAGAGCUCUGGACUUUCGUUUGGAAAGUGGCAACAUUGAAAUUCCUCUAACCAAAGCAGGUGUGACUUCUGCUUUGUGUGAACAGGAUGUCGGAACAGAUCCUGCAAAGCCAGAAUGUUAACAAUUUAAGAAUCCAAGAAUAAUAACAUCUGUGUUUUGCACUACUUAGGAGUCUGUGUUUUUGCUUUGUUUCCCUCCCAUUAACCCAGGUGAGACACAGAUUGCUUCAGAAGAUUUUUUUUUUAAGUAUGAUAAGUAAUUUGUUGAACAAAGAUAUAAAUGGGUGGAAGCAUUAUACCAAAAUCAGCUCUUAAAAAGCUCGCACCAUCUCUGGUACAUGACAGCGCUUGACACAAGUCCCCUUGUGCUCAUGGGUGUCAGUUCAGUCCCCCUUCGGUUUCCAGUUAGAUCUUUGCCAUGACACAAAGUGGAAAUAAUUAAAAUAAGAUCUUCCCAUUCUACUGAGUCUCCUGCCUGGCCUCAGUCAUGCCAUUGUGGUACGCAGCUCCUUCUCACUAAUGACUGUGGCCAUGAGAGUGUUGCCAACUACCUGCAAAUAUCCCAGGAUCUGGGAAUACCUAAACCUCUCCCUCACCCCUUCAUCACUAAUCCCUGCAAGGCCAUUUUCACCUGUGCCCACAGAAGCAUCUUUCUCUUUUUCAUGUCCUUUCUUCCCUGCUCUCAUCCUCCCAUAACAUCACCUGAGCCCCCUUUUCACCUGGAUCAAGGUUAAUAGCCAGAUAUCUGUUAGUUGGCUGACAGACAUGUUUAUUGUUACGAUUUCUCCCUUAGAGAAAUUAGUUCUAGCAUCAUGCCCUUGACUCCUGCAGAUACCAACUGGAUGACCCCUGGCUUCUGAACCUGAUACUGGCCACGAUGCUGAGGCACAGGCCACACAGCAACCACUGUAAGCCCUUUAACGUCUAUUUAAAAUGGCACAUCCCUGUGAUCUGAGACAUAAGCCUGGAAGCGCUCAGAAAUCAAUGCCUUCACUUCCACACAAGCACUUACAACCAGCAACCUCUUGGGAGGUAUAGGGGAAAGGGUGUGGGUUCCUGCAACUAUUAUUUCAAGAUCUUACAUGGAGAUUAUGUGCUUUUCUGGGUGGAACAGAAUCACAAGCAGAGCUUAAGUGGCUAAAGCAGAUCCCUUCUCAGCAUACACAAAAGGGCACAAAGGAUAGUAGGAUCUAAAAUCUGCAUACGUGUCCCCAAAUGCCACUUACAUGGCUAACUUUAGCUUCAUAAGUACUAGUUACCUGUCUAAAGUGUGGGUGGAUUUCUGCUGUUUUGGGAUUUAUUAAUUUGCUAGCAGGAUAUAUCUAAGCCUGGUGCUGUUCUACAAAAACUGAUUGAAGGAGGUUUCUGAAAAGUUGUUGCGGGGGGGGUCAGGAAAGAUAUCAGUAAUUCUGACUUCCUGUGGCUGGUUGGAGCUUGGAUUGUGGUUGCAGUUUGGUUGGAUUAUGAACAUAAAUAAAUCCUACUCUUCCUGAUCUAUUAAAAAUCCAGCUAGACCAGACUUUAUCUCCCUAGCAUUGUCUGGGAAAGCUUUCCCCAUCGUAUUGUCACUGAUGAAGGCAAUGGUGACAGAUUUCCUGGAAAAUAUUAAUGGAGAUACAUUAAAGGACUCUGCCCCUGCCCCUUCACAGCACCAUCAUAUUGCUAAGAAGGUCCAUCUCCUGUUGCAACUUCAGGAGCCUCUGGGAUUGGCAAAUUAGGAGGACAGUUAUUCUAGAGCAUGGGUGUCAAACUCAUCCAGCCUACUGAAUUGGAGAAGGGGGGCAGUGCCAGUCUGAGACAUGUGUUGCACAUGGUGCCUAUACUGGAGCAGCCCUAUGUGCUGGAUCUGGUACAGACAGCCCAUGUUUGAGGCCAGAUCCACAGUGCAGAGCCAAUCCAGCACAGGCACCCCAAACCAUCCCCAUGCCAUGUACAACCUAUGCUAGACAGACUCUGCGUGCUGCAUGUACUGGUUCCAGCAUAUGCUGCAUUGCAGGAGACAGCACCAUAGGCCAGACUGGAUCCAGCCCACAAGCCAUACUUUUGACACCCCUAGUCCAGAGAAGCUUUCCACUAGCUCCAGCAAACCAAUGUCUUCUUUAAAAAAAAAAAAAUAGGAGCAAUUGUACCUAAAAGCAAACAUGCUCUUAGCUUUAUCUGAUAGACCUUGGUUUUAUGCUUGUUUUCUACCUAUGGCUGAAGACUUUUUUUUAAUAAUAACAUGCUUACCAUUGGAAUAUGUUCUUAUUCAGGAAUGUACAUAAGCAUGUGCACAAGUCAAUCUUUAGUCAAGAGAUCUGAAGUUAAGCACUCAUUUAAGAGCUCUCCUGUGUAAUAACGUUUUCCUGAAUCAUGGUCUAUCAUAAGAACAUUGUUCUACCAUAACAGUGCCCAUUAAUUUGUAUUCUAUUGCCUGAUUUCUCCUUUCCUCCUACACUGACUUGACAUCCUGCACUGUACUGGUCAAUGCCACAUUUCCUUCUCCUUUAGCUAGUUCCCUAUAGCUAGUGAUUUGCUUACCCAGUCUCACUGGCAGCCAUCUAAUCCCUGAAGCCAUCCAUUCUGUUUUCUGCUCUUCUAAAAUAGCAGCUUCUAGUAGACAGCUAGACAGGCUUCUCCUUGAUUCCAGCUGCCUUUACUGUCUCUUGUUUGCAAGAGACAGCCUAGACAUCUAUUGAGGGUGCAGGAAAAGAGGAAUAAAUCCAGCAGCAUGGAGUAGAUUUGGGAAUUAGGUUCCUAAAUAUCUUUUGGGUCCUAGCAAUGGGGCCUGUGGGUAGAAAACUGUGGGCAUAUGUUUCAGCCCAGGCUGACUAAAAUACUGGAUUUUUUUAAAGUACACCAACUCAAAUACCUUCUUAGUUAUUGUUGUGCAGCUUCAUUAUGAGCCAACUCAUGGAGCAAUACAAGGAAUUAUGACAGUCCACUAGCACCUGUUGAAAUAAUUCAAUUCAUUAACUGUAGCUACUAAUAAAUUGUUAGCACUGAGCCCAUUUUCUGUUCUGUUGCCAUCUGAAGGGUUACAUUUGCAAAUUGCCAAGCAUGUGUGUUUAUUUUGUGGGUGUGAGUCUUUUGGGAUGGGGAGGGGGAAGAGCUCUGUCUCUUAACUGAAGCAUGAGUUUUCCACUUCAGUGAUCAACAUUACUUUAUUCCACAUCUUUUAAGGCCUCCAGAAGAAUUUAAACAAACGCUGUGAGGUCUGAGCUAGCUGCUGCUUAUCUGGCAUUUAAGGGUAUUCUAAGUUCAUACAAAUUCAGGUCACCACAUGUUAGUAGUAACAUUUUUUUAACUGCCUUCUCAGAAGGUAGACAGCAAUUAAGAGCAGACCUUUUGAGAAAUGAAUGGGAAAGUGGUGUAAUGGUUAAUUCUGUAGCAAGAAAACAGCAACAAAUCAAAUGAUUAAGCCAAGCAAUGCCUUGAUCCCUUUAAAAAUCUGACCUGCCAUACAGGACACAAAAAAAUUAGAACAGAAAUCUUUUCCAUCAGAUAAGGUUGUUUUUAGCCCAAGACAUUUAGUUCUGUGAUCAGCAUUUAUUGUGAUAAAGGCAAAGAUACAGCAACACACAUGUUAUAAGGAGGCAAAUAUUGGCCUAGAACAACACUUUUGAGACUGCUGAAUGGUAUGAUGGGUGGUAUAGAUAAUGCAAGCUGACAGAAAUGCUACUGAGACCAAAGCAGGCUUGAGUUUCUUGCAAAAAGUAGUCAGUUCAUCCAGCCUUAGAAAGUACAGAUGUGUUUCAAUGUAGUAACAGCAAUUUCAUUUGUAGAAAACAGGGGCUACACAUGUGCUGCCACUGAUACAGCAGAAGCAGACCCCUGGCACCAAGACCCCUGGCAUACGUUAAAGUUAAUCAUGUCUUAAUGUUGUUACCCAGCCACAUGUUAAUGCAAUGAAUAGCUUGAUAAAACAAGAAAUAAGCCACAAAGUUAUUACACAAAAAAUAUUCUAAUAACUUUGUGACUGGUUCCUAUUACAGCAUUAAUUGAACAUGUGGUUAGGCUGGGGCUCCUAGCCCUGGGUGCUUCCCCGUGGCUGCGAGUCCCAUCAGCUGAUCUGGGCUCCCAGCUACCACCAAGGCUAGACACUGUCAGCUGAUGGGGAUCCCAGCCACAGGGGUGUGUGGUGCACCUUCGCAGUUGGGACACCAGAUCAGCUGAUGGGGCUUCUGGCAUGGGCUCCCUGCCAUAGGAGCUUGCUACUUGCCAGUGCAGGGGAAGCUCAGAAUCAUGAUCCUGGGCUCCCCCUGUACUGGCAAUAAGGCAUGUUGGGACUGUAUACUCAAUCCCAGUCACACCUCCUGCCAUGCACAUGUGGUCUGGCAGGAAAUGCCAUUGUGGAGAUUGCACAUUAGAUCCCAUGGUGCCUUUACUUGCAUAUCUGCCAGGGGCCCAAGUCUGAAACUUCUCUUCAUUCCAGGAGCAUACAGUAAAGAUAAGAGCAGGCAGUUGGUCUAACCUCAGAUGGGGAAGUUUAGAACUCAGCAUGGCAAACCAAGCCCCUUAUGUUUAUAGCCACAUAGAAUCAUAGAAGUAGGGUCAGAAGGGACCUUGAUCUUCAAGGCUGACCCCCUGCCUGGGCAGGAGGAAAACUGGGCUCAAAUGACCCC